AUGUCCCAGGCAGACGGGCCAGGGCCAGGGCCAGGGCCAAGGUCAAGGCCAGCUUCCCCCGACCAUGUCGUGGACAGAAGACGCUCGCUGUCUGCCACAUCCGAGAAGGAAAAUAAUACAUUCGAGGAUGCCGUCGAUACCACCGAAGUCCGAUCUCUGACCAAAAGGACGCCCUCUAUUUCGCAGCAACAACCUUCUCAAGCCGCGACUGUCGAUCCAGCUGCGACUAAGACGGGGGACGCCCCCGAGAACAUCGGCAAGGAUGACGACAAAAUCGACGAAAAUGACGAGAAGAACGAGGAAGACCGUGGCAGUCCUGAAGAACAAGAGCUGCAGCAGAAGGCAUCUCUCGCGUCGAAGCGCUUAUCAAACACCUCAAAUCUAGAUGUCGUCAAUCUUGACGAUGACAACAGUCCUCCGCCACCGCCAGAACCAAAAGACAGUCCCGCCGAGACCAAAGAAGCCCCCCGAACUAUAUCGCUAAGCAACAUUGCCAGCUCGCUACCGGCCAUGCCGUGGUCACCCCCUGCCGCCUCUUCACCUGCAAAGUCUCCCGACCCUGUGAUCUCUGUAGUCCAGCCACCGCCACCACCUCCGGCUCCGGCUCCGGCUCCGGCUCCUGGCCCACCCACUCGCAGGCUCACCAGUCCCUUUUCCUGGCUCUCACGAAAUAACACGGGCAAGGAUAAGGAGCCAAGUCGCUCGCCACCUCCCUCUCAAUCGCCCCGGAGAAAUACGGCCAGCUCUAUCGCCACGCUGACUAGCAACCCAGAUAUGAUGCUGAGCAGGCUAGAGGAGGAAAAAGAAGGAGCCGUCGAGAAUGGCGUCAAUGGUACGAGGAAUAACUUGAAAGACCGGUUCAAGAUGCUGCGGAUGCGGGAAGAAGCCGGCAUUUCCCCCUCCGCCGUAGCCACGGACGACCAAAAGGGGCUGAGCGCCACCGUGGCUGCUCUCGUCAGCCGCUCUAACCACCUAACCAUCGGUGGAGCCACCUCUCAGACACAUGAGGGCGAGGACGGCGACGCAGCGUCGGAACCCCCUCCCAAAAGCCCUAUGCCGGUCAGUCCUAACCUGUCCCUCGCCCCCGGAACAGCCUCCGGUGUCACCGCCGGCCCGUCGGAUAUGGCGAGCGGCCAGGUCGACUGGGAUCUCUGGCAAUCCGUCGUGUACGAAGGCCCGGCCGCCGUGGCGCGAACCAGCCCGGAGGAGCUUAACAGGGCCAUUGCCACCGGGAUUCCCAACGCCAUCCGGGGCGUCAUCUGGCAAGUCCUUGCACAGAGCAAGAACGAGGAGCUGGAGGCCAUGUACAAAGAACUCGUGGUACGAGGCACCGAAAAGGAGCGAGACAGGAAUAGCAACGGCACCUCCAUCAGCGCGGCGAGCAACGGCAACCUCGGCACACAGAACGACACGAAUACGUCGUCCGCAUCGUCGGUCCAUUCCGAACCGGCGGGAGCCAACGGCGUGACCCCACCAGCGGUCAACGAGAAGACCGCAGAGGCGUUGCAGAAGGCGGCCCAGGCGGACGCGGCCGAGAAGAAGAGGCGGCAAAAGGAGGACGCCGCCAUGAUCCAGAAGCUGGAGAAGACGAUCCGGCGAGACCUCGGCUCCCGCACGAGUUUCUCCAAGUAUGCGGCGUCGGCGGGGCUUCAGGAGAGCCUCUUCGGCGUCUGCAAGGCCUAUGCGCUGUUCGACGAAGGCGUGGGCUACGCCCAGGGCAUGAACUUCCUCGUCAUGCCCAUCCUCUUCAACAUGCCCGAGGAAGAGGCCUUCUGUCUGCUGGUGCGGCUCAUGAACCACUACCACCUCCGCGACCUCUUCGUCCAGGACAUGCCGGGCCUGCACAUGCGCCUGUACCAGUUCGAGCGGCUGCUGGAGGACCUCGAGCCGGCGCUCUACUGCCACCUCCACCGGCGCGGCAUCUCGCCCCACCUGUACGCGACGCAGUGGUUCCUCACGCUCUUCGCCUACCGCUUCCCCCUCCAGCUCGUGCUGCGCAUCUACGACCUCAUCCUGUCGGAGGGCCUCUCGGCCAUCCUCCGGUUCGGCCUCGUCCUCAUGCAGAAGAACGCCGCCACGCUGCUGGGCAUGUCGGACAUGGCGCAGCUGACGGCCUACCUCAAGGACAAGCUGUUCGACGUGUACAUCGACAGGGACCCCAGCGCGGGCAGCAUCCUCGAGAACGGCUUCUUCGGCAGCUCGAGCGCCAGCAUCGACAAGGAGGUGUACCGCGCGGACCAGCUCGUGCGGGACGCGUGCGAGGUCAAGAUGGCGCCCGAGACGCUCAAGGCGUACACGGCCGAGUGGGAGGAGAAGACGCGGGCGGAGCGCGGGCGCGAGGCGGAGCUGGAGCAGCUGCGGGCCGCCAACGCCAGCUUGGCGGUGCGGGUGCGCCGGCUGGAGGAGCGGGUGGAGACGUGCGACCGCGAGCAGGCGGCGCUGGCGACGGAGCUAGUGCACACCAAGGUCGACAACGAGGAGCUCCGGGACGAGAACGAGAGCCUGAAGGGCCAGGUGCGCGAGCUGCGCGUCGUGAUUGAGAAGCAGCCUGAGGAGCUCGAGUCCGCCUGGCGGCAGGAGCGGGACGACCUCAUGAAGCGGAACGAGAAGGUGCACGAGGAGAACCAGCGGUUGGAGAAGGAGAUGGCGGAACUUGAGGAGGAGCUCGUGCAGACGAAGAUGCAGUAUGCCGAGAUCAAUUCUCAACACGAGACGCUUACACGCAAGUGGACCGAUCUCAAGCGGCAAUUCGCAUGA